UCGUAUAUAUCAACUGUCCUUAGAGUAACCAGCUUGGUUGCUCUGAGGACAUUAAAUUCCUUUGCCCAGACUUUGAUUACUUAAACUCUGAGUUUGGGUCAAAUCAAAACACUCCAUGAAACAUUAGUAAUCGCCGUAAGGCCAGGCUAAUUGAAGCCAAACCCUUAAUGGAAAGGGAGUGACUUCAAUACGAGACUCAUUUCUGAACGAUUAGCCUGAAGUUCAAAUAUAAUAUAUGUUUGUUCUUGUAUGCUGAGGAUCAAAUGAUCUCGAGAAGCGAUCGCAGUAGGUCUCUAGUCGGAUUCAUUCUAUUUGGCCGCAUGCGCUGGGAAGCAAGCAUCCUUAACACAGGAGCGCUUGUAACGACCACGUCAAAACAAACAUGAAAGACUCUGGAAAAUGUAUGGUUCUAGUAGUUGUUAUAAUUGCCAUUGGAUCGCUGCACACAGGGCGAGCAGCAAAACCUUCCCCAGCGAGAGUAGCAGCCUUCUUCAUGCAACAAUUCCUUCUAGGUCCAUCUGGGAAGGAACUUUUGAGAAGUAUACAUGUGAAGCGGACCACCAGAAUGAUAGCUGACCUAAAAAAGCCGAAGAACCUCCAAAAACUUGUGAUGUUCAUGAACGGAGAAGGUGGCCAACUUUGGCAGAAACUCGCCAAAAACGCCCAGAUCGCCGCGGUGUUCAAGCAAUUCCAGGAGAAGAAAAUAUCAUCCGAUAAACUGUUCGACUUCUUAAAGAAACUGUCUCUCUACUUGAAGGAGGUCAAGAUGAUUAUGACUGCACUAAUACAAGGGAUGGAUGAUGCUAUGCAGAAAAGUGGUUUUCGAUACGCCUCAAACUCAAAUAUGGGAACUUGCACAACCAGCGCACAAAGUCUUCUCCAGCAGAUCCAAAACACUACACACAAAUUGAGCGGCUUUGAGAAGGGCGAGAAGUUAAGAAGAGCGUUGGCUGCAACUGAGGUAUUGCUCGAGGUGGAUGAGAAGUUACAGGUUUGGGGAAAAUUGGUCAAGGUUGCCCUCCAGCCUAUCGCUGCCCUGUUCCCUGGUGACUUGUGGUCGAAAGCCUUGCAGGAGACGGAACUUUCGUUUAGGGAUUACGACAAGAUUGGCGGGGAGGCUACGCGGCUGUUCCAGAGCCAGCAACAGGUUCUACAUGCGCGGGUGAACGAAUGGCAGAACAUCAAAUUUGCCCUGAUCAGUGAACAAAAGAAGAUAGAGAAGAGAAAACAGGCGUGUUUGACCACGAGGGACUUUAACAAGCUUGCUUUGAAGUUCCAGAAACGGAACACGGGAUUUAUGAAGCACGCAAACAAGGUCAACCAGGAUCUCUUUAAGCUGAAGAAGGCGGUGAACGGAGUGAAAGAGUGGCGGAGCACCAAGUUGUUGUCGUUCAUCAAGCGCUUUGUCUCCAACAAGGAUGCGUAUGAGAAGGUUGCUAAACAAUACAAGGGGAUCAAAAAGAUGUAAAAAGACUGAAUGCAGGCCUUUGGGAUAAUCUUCAUUGGAACGGGAAUGAAUGUAAAGUAAGGCAAGGUAUCCCGACCUUGUGUAGCAAGACUAUAGAAUAGGGAACAUCAAUUUCCAAACAGAACUCUACUUCCAAUUGUGAAUAAACUGCAUCUUUAUUAAUGUUCA